AUGUACUCUCAAGAAUAUAAGUGUUCUCAUGUCAUUAUCACUUUAUCUUCUAAUCUUAAGGGUACACUUAAUGCAACCCCUCCUACUCCUUCUCCCUCUCCAUCUCCAGAGCCAACAAUUUCUCUAUAUCCUGCUUCUCCAGUUCACUCUCCAGCACCCUCACCUGACACAGUAAUCAUCUCCCACCAGCACCAUCCAAGGUACCUCCACAUCCUCGUCCGUGUCCAUACUGCGUCGCCUUCUACGAGUCCCUCAUCUCAAUUGUCCCCCCAUGUGUUACCUGCACCUGUAGUGUCCAAUGCUCCCAGUCCAGGAAACAAGGGAAGUGCACAAGACUUGAUUCUCCAUCACCUUCCCCAUCCUUGUCAUAUAAUCCUUGAUGUCCCAACAGCAGGAGGGCGCUUGAUGCUUGUGGACAUGGCUGGCUCUGAAAAUAUUGAGCAAGCUGGCCAAAUUGGAUUUGAGGCAAAAAUGCAGACUGCGAAGAUCAACCAAGGAAACAUAGCUCUUAAAAGAGUGGUUGAAUCCAUUGCCAAUGGUGAUUCUCAUGUGCCUUUCAGAGACAGCAAACUGACCAUGCUUCUACAGGAUUCUUUCGAAGAUGAUAAAACAAAAAUUUUAAUGGUGCUGUGUGCAAGCCCAGACCCAGAGGAAAUACACAAGACAAUCUCCACCCUUGAAUAUGGUGCAAAAGCAAAAUGUAUUGAUCGAGGAUUGCUGCGAUGGAUGAAUUCAUCCUUAAACUGCGAAGGGAAAAUAAGCUCAAAGAGAAAGAGCGAAAUGAAGCACACGGGAGUUACAGAAGAAAGAAGAGGUUGCUGCACUGAGAGCUAA